UACUUCUCUUAGUUUAUUCAUAAUCUUUUCUUGGUUUAUUCAUAAUCUUCAAGUAUUAAGAGUCAGUAUCAAGAGUCAUUUGUGUUUCAAGUUUCAAGUAUUAAGAGUCAUUUGUGUUUGUCAGAAGAGAAAAAAAAAAUUGGUCUAUUUUUUUUCUUAAUUUUCACCAUAAAUGACAAAAGGUUUUACUAGCAAUAUUUUCACUAGUAUUGGCGAUUUUGCGGCGAACCAAGUGAUUUUCGGGCCUAUACUUACUAUUGUUCUUAUUGAUACUCGUUCUUCACCUUCACCAGAAUUGCUUACUAUCGAUACAACUUCUUCUCCUUCACCGGAAUCUUAUACUAUCACCAAGCUUUCGGUUAAUUUCUUAGCUACGAAGUUCCGUAAAAGAGAAUGUCCCAAAUGGCUACAAUGGACACAACUCAAGUCAUUCCAAAGACAAAUGGAGUAAACAAAGACCUCAAGCAAAGAGUUGUGAACAAGCUUAAAGUCUUUAGAAGCAAGAAAACUGGUGGAUGGUAUUCAGCAUUUCUUUGUUUAGUAAACCAAGGACUUGUGACACUAUCAUUCUUUGGUGUUGGUGUGAAUUUGGUGUUGUUUCUGACAAGAGUUUUGGGACAAGAUAAUGCUACUGCUGCUAAUAAUGUCAGCCAAUGGACUGGAACUGUUUAUUUGUGUUCACUUUUGGGAGCUUUCAUAAGUGACUCUUACUGGGGAAGGUUCCUCACUUGUGCCAUUUUUCAACUUAUUCUCCUCAUGGGACUAGUGCUCAUAUCAUUGACAUCUUGGCUAUUCUUGAUCAAACCAUAUGGAUGUGGAGAUGGUAUACUAGAUUGUAUACCACCAUCACCUAUUGGCACUGCGUUGUUCUACUUAGCCAUAUACUUAGUUGCUUUAGGCUAUGGUGGUCAUCAACCCACAAUUGCAACUUUUGGAUCAGACCAAUUUGAUGAAGAAAAUCCAAAAGAAAAAAUCUCAAGGGCAGCUUACUUUGGAUAUUUUUACUUUGCACUAAAUGCUGGAUCUUUAAUAUCCAAUACAAUUUUGGUAUAUUAUGAAGAUGGUGGUAAAUGGACACUUGGUUUUUGGGCCUCUACUGCUGCUGGGCUUUUGGGUUUGUUUGUUUUCUUGGUGGGUACUCCUGGAUAUAGGUAUGUUAAGUCAUUUGGAAACCCGUUGCCACGUGUCGCUCAGGUAUUCGUUGCUGCGUUCCGUAAAUGGGGUGUGCCUAAUGUUGAUGAGGGAGAACUAUAUGAAUUGAAUGGGUCAGAAUCUAGCAUUAAAGGAACAAGGAAAAUCCUUCAUAGUAAUGAUUUCAAGAAACUAGACAAGGCAGCAAUAGUGACAGAAGAAGAUAGGCAAAGGCCAGUGAUUAACCCAUGGAGGUUAUGCACAAUUACACAAGUUGAAGAAGCAAAGUGCAUCAUAAGGAUGUGUCCAAUUUGGCUAUGUACCAUAAUGUACUCUGUGAUCUUUACACAAAUGGCCUCUUUAUUUGUUGAGCAAGGUGCAGUUAUGGACGCGACGAUUGGUAAGUUUCGCCUACCAGCAGCCAGCAUGUCAGCAUUCGACAUAUGCAGCGUGCUAACAUGCACGUUUCUCUACAGGUUCAUGGUGGUACCACUAGCCGGAAAGAUUAGUGGGAAUCCGAGAGGAUUGACUGAGCUCCAAAGGAUGGGAGUUGGACUAAUCAUCGGUAUGUUAUCGAUGGUUGCAGCUGGGGUAACAGAAAUUUUCAGACUAAGAAGAGUAAUCCCCGGACACGAAACAAGUUCUUUAAGCAUUUUCUGGCAAAUUCCACAGUACAUGCUUGUUGGUGCCUCAGAAGUUUUUAUGUACGUUGGACAACUUGAGUUCUUCAAUGGACAAGCACCUGAUGGAAUAAAAAGUUUAGGAAGUUCACUUUGUAUGGCAUCAAUGUCACUUGGGAAUUAUGUUAGUAGCUUGCUUGUCAACAUGGUUAUGCAUAUCACAACAAGAGGAGCAAGGCAUGGUUGGAUACCUGAAAAUUUAAAUAAUGGCCAUAUUGAUAGGUUCUACUUCUUGCUAUUUGGAUUGGCAUUGGUUGAUUUGGUUGCAUUUGUGUUCUUUGCUAAGUGGUAUAAAGGGAUCAAUCUUGAAGAUAGCACAAAGGGUGGAGGAGAAAAAGAGAGUCAAGUUCUUGAAAAAGUUUGAAUAUCUGGAUCUCGCACGUAGCAUAAGCUUUAGCGCACCGAACUGUCUUUGUUAUUGAAAUAAAAUUUAAAGCAUGACCCUCUUAUGUGAUCAUUUUUGAAAGGGCAUGAUUGCUUCUAGUUUUCUUUACAUUAUUUGUUUGUUUGGAUUUCCCUUUGAGGUUAUUUGAUUAAGAAAAUGUUACUUCUUCUAUGCUAAUAAAAUAUUGUGCCUUUUGAAUUA